AUAGUCUCCUAUUUGAAUAGGUUACUUAAAAUAUGGACUGUCCUUAUUGCGCUCCUGAAGACCUCUGUGCUGCACAAGUUUUCAACAGGAAUUCCAAGUAAUUUAAACCUACAGUAUGCUAAAGAAGAACCAACCAAAUCAUUAGGAUGAGCAAAACACGCACGUCAAUGGUUUCCUCUGCGGUCACCCAGCGUUUCUGCCUUAACCCCGCACACCCGGGCCUGCUCCCCGGGGGAACGUGUCUCCAGCGGCGUCCGGCCUCGACUAGGGCUCUUUGAUUAACAAAAUGAAGCCUGUGAAGCUGCAGUACUGGAUUCUGGGCUGGUUUUCUAUGGCAUUAUGUUGCUGGUGUAUUUCAGAUGAAUUCUCUCAAGGUGACAACCAGCCUCAUACCUGGAAGAAGCUGUUUCUUGCUCAUCACUGGCCAGUGACUGUAUGCAAGAUGAGUGCUAAUGAUUGUCAAGACCCUCCAGACUACUGGACAAUCCAUGGACUGUGGCCUGACAAAGGUGAAGAGUGUAACAGGACGUGGCAUUUCAAUGUCACCGAGAUUAAGGAUCUUAUGUCAGACAUGAGACACUAUUGGCCUGAUGUCCUUCAUUCAUCUCUGAAUCGCACUCAAUUCUGGAAACAUGAGUGGGACAAACAUGGCACUUGUGCAACCACACUUCAGGCUCUUAAUUCUCAGAAGAAAUACUUUGGUAAAGCUUUAGAACUCUACAAGCACAUUGAUCUUAACAGCUGUCUCCUGAAAGCUGGGAUAAAACCAAGCAGUUCCUAUUACCGGAUGACUGACAUAAAGGAAGCUCUUACAAAAUUUUAUGGCGUAACACCAAAGAUCCAGUGUCUUCUUCCAGAAGAGGGUGAAAAAGCACAAACAAUUGGUCAGAUUGAAUUCUGCUUCACCAAAGAAUUUCAGCUGAGAAACUGCACGACGCUGAAGGGUGAAUCUGACCCAGUGCAGCAUGCUAUGAAGCUUGGAACCAAGGAGUUGUCUAUCUGCAGUGAUACCCUCCCAACAUAUUAUCCUUCAGAGGUCCAGGAUCACAAAUGAAGUCAUAAGAGUUUGAAAAAUUUUUUAAAUAGCAGCAAAAAAAAAAAAACCCUUAAACAUUAUACCUUGGAAGGCAGUUUCGACUUAGGAAUAUGACAAAGCUCUGUGUAUUACAGGCAUGCUGUGAAGAUUUCUGCUGGAAAACACACUUCUUUUGCCAUUCAAGAAGAAUGGUCCUCAUUGUAAUAUUAAAUAGACAGGCUGAAGUAUUGAAUUAUUGCAUCGAUAUGUGAUUUACAGUUUUGUCUGGACUUUUUGGCAUGCUUAUAGUUUGAAUCAACGUUCAAAGGAGAACUGUGACUUUUUAGUUUCACUUGCAGCUAGGUUUGCCACUUAAAACACUGGUUUUGGCCAGCAAGUCAGGGAAAUGAAGUAAUUCUUUGUUUUGAAAGGAUGCCUGUCUCUGUUAGACAAGAUGACAAUUUCUUGAGAAGAAAAUACUGUAAACAAAAAGAACUGAGAGAGCCAUCCGGGGGUCCUUUCCCAGAAGUAAUACCCAUUGCUUUCCAGAAGUGUUGAACAGAGGCCCCAUCCUCUGAAGCAUUAAACCUUUCUUUACUCAGAGAUCACGGUGGACCAAGGAUGGCAACUUUUGCAUAACUUCUUAGUGAAUGAAAUAACAUUCACCAGAUUUUGGUACUUCUGCUAAAAGGACCCCAGAAAGACUGUAUUUGUAGCCUUACCUAUUUGAUAUUGUUAGAGUAGCUGCAUACAGUCUUGAAGAACAACCAAUCUUAGAGUUUACUUGCUAGUAUAGGAAAAUGCUAGGCCCUAGAAAUAUGUUACUAUUUUUUUUGUUGUAUUUGAACAUUUAGCAUUACCACACAAGUGUGACUCCACUUGUAUUUAAAAAUGAGAUUGUCACAUAAUCACUUUCUUCAAAGAAACAGCUUUUUAUAGGUGAAACAGUAAUACUACAGGAUUUUCAGUGAAAAGUACAAAUGUUAGCAAUAGUGCACAUAGCCACAAAUCUGGAUGUUUCUAAAGGGGAUCAAAUUUGGAUGAUGUCCUCUACACAGUGCUGUGUUGAUACGUCUCAAAUUGACUUUCAAAAAUUAAGACAAUUAUGGCUCAAAGAACCAUCUGUUAGAAUAAUAUUACUGUGAAAACAUGAAAUGUGGUGUGAGGAACAAAUUUGUUAUGUCUUUUGGGGUUUAGAAACCAUUCACAUUUACUCUAAUUUUUUACUUUCCCUGAUUCUCUACUACAUUUCAUUUAAGGCUGCGUUACCUUGCCAUUCCAGAAUGCUGUCAGUUUUCUAGUCCUUUCCUUAGAAUCUCAGAUAUGUGUUUAUUUUCACAGCUAAGAAAUUAGUAUGAUCUACACUCUGUUGUAUCUGUAUUUCAGUAGAGCAAGGGCUUCUCUUUCAAAAUUUGUCUUCUUUCCCAAGGCAGGGAAUAUACUAAUACUAUACUAGAAUAUUAAUGGUAAUCAGAUAUAGUGUUUUUAUACUAGCCAUGGCAUGUUCAGUUCAUGUUGAACACGACCAGAGGCAUGACCAGAAGAAUCACAGUUCUUCAUUCCCCUAUUUCUGCCAUAUUUUUCGAAGCAAGAAAAAGUAGGGAGACUGAAUUAAAAUGCAUGAAAAGACUAGAAUGUACUUGUCUUUUUGUGGAAUCUUUUUGAGAUCAGUAAUUUUUUUUUUUCCUUGUAAUUACAAAAAUUGUCUUAGCCUAAAGAAAACAUUUCUCUGCAAAGGAGCAGCCCAAGGCUCACGUACUUUUUUAAACUCUCUCUCCUGCUCUUUCAAAUAGUACUUAGAUGGUGCAUAGGUUUUGGGUGGACUACUUACGUGAAAACAACUUAGAAUGAAUGUUAAUUUACAAUUCCCAUCAGACUUCUUUUUUUUUUUUUAAAGAAGUAAGACUCACCUUUUUCUCAAAAUUGUGCUAAUUUUUUAAUGGUUUGGAUUUUUUUGUCCUGUGAAGUCGCUUGUUCUCCCUUCCAAAGCUCUGAGCGCGGUGCCAUAUUUUUGCUCGUUAAGCUAAUCAGCAGUGAGGGAAGUGGAAACAGAGGUUGGUAAAUACUGUCACAAUGUCUCUCAGACAUCUUGCUCAGUGCUUUUCAGUCACCAGUUUGGUAAUGAACACAGUCCUUGUUUAGAGCAUUGGGUUUCCCAAAAUCUCCCUAUAAAUUUUGCCACCUUGGAUGAGUAGGUGCACUCUUAAAAAUCCUGUGAAAUCCACAGUGCUGUACUGCCAAAUGAGUGAGUGUUGGGUUUGCCUGUUUCUCUGCAGUUGUUUUGUUUCCUUGGUCCUCUUCAUAAUUAGAAGAAAAGCUCAAAGUUGGAAGCAGCGGUGGCUUUGAGACUUGCACAGACAUAUGCUUAAUGGAAGCGCAAAUCAAUAGCCUGCUUGUUUGUUUUUUUUUUUUUUUUCUAAUUGCACUAUAAAUUAUAUUUUCUUUUAUAAUGCCAAGUGAUGCUUAGGGAAACAAAGUAUACUGUAUGAGUUCCUUUCAGUCCAAGUGUAAUGCAUUAAUUUAAGCAAAGCCAACAGCUGCAGAUACGUACUUUACAAGAAGUGCCACAGACACUAAGAGCCUUCACGGUGGAGGCUCAAAGGCAAAGCUGGCUCUUGCCAGAGGGAGACUCAGCGGAGGCAGACAGGAGUCAGAAACAGCCAGCCGCUGCAGUGGAGUAGAUAGUGUGGCUUCCAGGUGUUUUUCAGCCUCAUUUUCAAAUGCAAGAAGUGUGGGGGAGCUGAUAAGUUUUAAAACUUUGAUGAGAAAACUGGUGUAAUCUGAAAAGAGAGGAAGGGAGGGAGACAGCAAAGGCAGCAGCAUGCUGAACAAUGGGCAGCAACAUGCUGCCCAGUAGAAAAUGGCUGAUGAAUGUUAAGUCAAGGUUGACUAAAAAUAAUGUUACAGACUUUGAGGUCUUGCUUAAAGGGAUACACCUGUGCUACUGCAUUUGCCUUAACAAAACCACACCUACAUUCUUUUGAUUUUGGCUACAUUAUCAGACAUUAAAUAUUUUAAUUUGCUAUGAUUAAUUGAUUAGUAGUAGCAAUAAAACAUUAUAUAUGA